CUCUGCUGCCUUCCAUCCCCAGUCUGCCUACCAAGCCAAGAUUCCCCCUCCUCAAGUCAAAUCACCUGUCCCUAAAUCCUAAAUUAUGCAAAAUUCCAUGGUCCCCCAGAAACCUGACGCCACUUUGAUUGACAACAAUGCGUCUGCAAGGAUAUUCGCCCAUGCUCUCUCCGAGGAAGAGCUUUUCCAUGAAAGUCAACCGCGCCAUAUACCGAUGUUUUCUUACCCGCCUGACCGUCCCAUGGUCUUUGUCAAAUUCGGCGGCCCCGAGAAACAGGCUGAGGGAGACAUGCAGAGGCUUGCAUUUGGCUGGCUAAGCACAGGACAACGAGACUGCAAUGUUUACGUCCCGGAGGUUUACAAGGUAUUCGGUAGACAUGGUGUGACUUCUCAUCGUCAUGCAGUUUAUUGAAGCAAGCGGCAUCCAAGACAUUGCAAAGAAGUUCGGAACUCAGCAGUGGGGAGAUCGCAAGUCUAAGUACUACGAUUUAAUUGCCGAGGGAAUUCAGUUGCUUCGUCGUAUGCCUCCGCCUCUGCCUGGUGACCCAACUCCUGGUCCAUGCACAAGCUCUCGACGCAUUAUCAAACACAUGCUUUUCAAGGACCACGAAGCGCCAAUUGAGUACAAUACUGUCGAAGAAUUGCAAGACCAUUUGAAUAGGGUUGCAAGACUGGGAUACCGCAAUAAUCCCAACCCGCCAGUGGUCAAUCUCGAGAAAGAGCUUGUAUUUUGCUAUACAGACUUUAACGACGAAAACUUCAUGUUCACCACUGAUGCCGAUUGCCGUCUUUGCCUAUACAUUGUCGACUUUGAACACGCCUCAUUCUUGCCUGUAAGCUUCCUCGCAUACGCCUUCUUCGAACCCAAUUCUCGCUGGUUUCUCUGCCGUUGGAUAGGGGAUAGGAUUGGAAGCACUCUACCGCGAGUCAACCUAGAAGUUAUGCAGAGGAUCUCUUAUAUGUUUCAGAUUAGUACAUGGAGGAUUGGGCUUAGUAAAGGGUAAUUCAGUUCAUUUCAACGCAGUCAUCUAUUGUCAAUACAAUCCUAUUUGCACG